AGCUGAGCCUUGUACCUCAAACAGAAGGCAGCCAGUUACUAACUUCUGGUUGCUAGGUGUGGCCUCCUUGCAAGUCCUAUAAAAUCAGAAGCCCAAGGCUUCCAGUGUGAUACCUUCAGAGAAGAAUCUCUCUUUAGUUCUUUGGAAAAAGGAAGAAAAAAAGACACUUCUUUAAAAAUGGCAAUGGUUUCAGAGUUCCUCAAGCAGGCCUGGUUUAUUGACAAUGAAGAGCAGGAAUACGUUAGAACCGUGAAAGCAUCCAAAGGCGGCCCCGGGUCGGCGGUGAGCCCCUACCCUAGCUUCAAUCCAUCCUCAGAUGUCGCUGCCUUGCACAAAGCCAUCACAGUGAAAGGUGUGGAUGAAGCGACCAUCAUUGACAUUCUAACUAAGAGAAACAAUGCUCAGCGUCAACAGAUCAAAGCAGCAUACCUCCAGGAAAAAGGAAAGCCCCUGGAUGAAGCUCUGAAGAAAGCCCUUACUGGUCACCUUGAGGAAGUUGCCUUGGCUCUACUAAAAACUCCAGCUCAGUUUGAUGCUGAUGAACUCCGUGCUGCUAUGAAGGGCCUUGGAACUGAUGAAGACACUCUGAUCGAAAUUUUGGCAUCAAGAAAUAACAGAGAAAUCAGGGAAAUUAACAGAGUCUACAGAGAGGAACUGAAGAGAGAUCUAGCCAAAGACAUCACCUCAGACACCUCUGGAGAUUUUCAGAAGGCUUUGCUUUCCCUUGCUAAGGGUGACCGAUGUGAGGAUCUUGGUGUGAAUGAAGACUUGGCUGAUACAGAUGCCAGGGCUUUAUAUGAAGCAGGAGAAAGGAGAAAGGGGACAGACGUGAACGUGUUCACUACUAUUCUUACCACCAGAAGCUAUCCCCAUCUUCGCAGAGUGUUUCAGAAAUACACCAAGUACAGUCAGCACGACAUGAACAAAGUUCUGGACCUGGAGCUGAAAGGUGACAUUGAGAAAUGCCUCACAGCCAUCGUAAAAUGUGCCACAAGCAAACCAGCUUUCUUUGCCGAGAAGCUUCAUCAGGCCAUGAAGGGUGCUGGAACUCGUCAUAAGACAUUGAUCAGGAUUAUGGUUUCUCGUUCUGAAAUCGACAUGAAUGAUAUCAAAGCAUUCUAUCAGAAGAUGUACGGUAUCUCUCUUUGCCAAGCCAUUCUGGAUGAAACCAAGGGAGAUUAUGAAAAAAUCCUGGUGGCUCUUUGUGGAGGAAACUGAACAUUCCUUUGAUGGUUCCAAGCAUUAUGAUCGGAAGACUUUUUAUUCAUAUCUUUUCAUUCUAGAACAUAGGAUAAAUAAGAAACUUUCUUCAGCAGGAUUACUGUCUAGACCUGCUUUCUGAGAAAUAUAGCCUGUAAAUCAUUUUUAUAAUACAACUAUAAGCUUUUUUUAAAAUAUAUUUACCCCAAACUAUAAAACCUCAUAAACAAAUUGUGCUAGUAACAUUACCGGAGAAACAUGUUUAUGUAGCUGAAAAUAAAGUGAUGUUACAAGACA